CCAAAGUACUCUUUAAUUGCGUUUGAAAUAGCGAUACCACAAAGAUUCAACGUAAUGGGAGCAGUACCGAAGACCUUCAACGCCAUGGAAGAUGCUAAACUGAGCAACUCUACCAACGGCGACAACGUGCCGUAUUCUUCUCUCACAGUCGAAGCCUCCCUCUCCCUCCCGGAGAUGACUCCUCGCGUCAUCAACUUGUGCAAGGAUCUGUUCAAGAAUUGGGCGACGCUGGAUGAUUCUCGCUUCUCGGUGCAGACCGUAUCUGGUGGCAUCACAAAUUUGCUGCUUAAGGUUUCUGUGACGGAAGAAAAUGGAAACAAUGUGUCUGUGACCGUCAGAUUUUAUGGGCCUAACACGGAAUAUGUCAUUGAUCGACAACGGGAACUAAAGGCCAUCAAGUACCUCUCAGCAGCCGGUUUUGGUGCCAAAUUACUCGGAGUUUUUGGAAAUGGCAUGGUGCAAUCUUUUAUCAAUGCACGUACCUUAACCCCAUCAGACAUGAGAAAGCCAAAGCUGGCUGCUGAAAUUGCAAAGCAACUUCAUAAAUUCCAUCAAGCGGAAAUUCCAGGUUCUAAAGAACCUCAGCUGUGGAUUGACAUCUUCAAGUUCUUUGAGAAAGCAUCCACUCUUCACUUUGAAGAUAUUGAUAAGCAGAGGAUUUAUGAGACAGUUUCGUUUGAGGAAGUAAAAAAGGAACUUCUGGAGCUCAAGGAAUUAACAGGCCUUCUAAAAUCUCCAGUGGUUUUUGCUCACAAUGACUUGCUUUCUGGAAAUAUAAUGGUAAAUGAAGAAGAAGAGAAGCUUUAUUUCAUUGAUUUUGAGUAUGGAUCAUACAACUACAGAGGCUUUGACAUCGGAAACCAUUUCAAUGAAUAUGCAGGCUUUGAGUGUGACUAUAGCUUGUGCCCAAAUAAAGAUGAACAGAACCAUUUCUUCAGGCAUUAUUUACAACCUGAUAAACCACAUGAGGUCUCUGAAAAUGACCUUGAAGCUCUCUAUGUUGAGGCAAAUACAUUCAUGCUGGCUGGGCACUUGUAUUGGGCUUUAUGGGCACUGAUUCAGGCAAAGAUGUCUCCUAUCGACUUCGAUUAUAUUAGCUACUUUUUCCUUCGCUACAAUGAGUACAAAAAGCAGAAGGAGACGUGCUUUUCCCUUGCACAAUCUUUCCUAUCAAGAUCUGGAACAAGUUAAAAUUGUUGUUCAACAUACUGUUAGCGGGUUGUGUAUCUGCUUGAUAGCCUUGCAUAAUAUUCUUUUGUACCCAUUGAUGAGAAAGAUGCUCAUAUAACAAUUAGAAGAAAUAAUAGAAUCUCAGAUUCCCCCAUUUAUCACUUUUAUAAUUGCAUGAUACAUGUAACACGU